GCAGUUGAAGAAGAAUAUCGUCGGUGUGAAGUUGAAUUUUUAUAGGGAAACAAGAAAUCUCGCCGCAUUAUAUUUUUAUUAAAAUCCAUUUCUUGGUAGGAUAUUCUUAUACAUUCUCUAAAGAUUUAUGUAGUGAUUUAUUUUCUUGCCAUGGAUUUAAAGUUACAAGUAAUGAAUUAAUAUAAUUCCUUACUUGCGGAUAACUUCCAAAUAAUUUAAGUGAAAAAUAAUUCUAAUGAAAUAUUAUUGUCAUGAUAAAAUCACGUGAAUAAAUGAUUUUUUUUUUGCGAAACAAAGAAAAGAAAGAAAAAUAAUAUUUUGGAAAAUUGAUAACGAAUGAAAAUAAGAAGUGAAUUGAAUAUAAAUUAAAGAAAAAAGAAAUUAAAGAAAUUUUGGAAACAAUUGGAAUGUUGUAAUGAGAUACGACGUUCAAGAGUUGCUGCAAACGGAUUCGGAAAUCAGUCGGACAAAUGGGAUGGCAUAUCAUCCUUUUCUGCAUUUACCAAGACAGACUGAUUUCUCAGUCAGCUCUUUGCUGACCGCGGGCAUUACGCCAAGCUCUCAAUCGUCGCAGUCACCAAUAAGUGGUCAAUUGUCACCACAAACGCCGAUAUCUAAUACACAACAGCAACAACAGACUAUUGUGCCACAACAGCCGACACCAGUGCAUCAUCCACACCAACCUUACUUUCCAGCUGCAGCUCUUGCUGCUCUGGCUAGCCACACUCCGACUGGUGCACAUCAACAUUUAUACCCAGGUGCUCUUCUACCAAAAUUACCUCCACAUCAUCACGCUCAUCAUCCAUUGGGCACACCAUACACAACUGCUGAAGACGUCGUUCUAGCAGCUUCACUUGCUGCACAUCAACAUCAUCCGGCAAUGCGCCCAUUACGCAAUUAUCCUGAAGAUGAUGGUGUUGAUGAUGAUCCAAAAGUGACUUUGGAGGGUAAAGAAUUAUGGGAGAAGUUUCACAAAUUAGGAACAGAAAUGGUCAUCACUAAAAGUGGACGUCAAAUGUUCCCUCAAAUGAAGUUUCGUGUAUCAGGUUUAGACAAUAAGUCAAAGUAUAUUUUAUUACUAGACAUCGUAGCGGCGGAUGAUUAUCGGUACAAAUUUCAUAAUAGUCGAUGGAUGGUAGCUGGAAAAGCUGAUCCUGAGAUGCCCAAACGAAUGUAUAUUCAUCCUGAUUCACCCUCAACUGGAGAGCAGUGGAUGCAGAAAGUAGUUUCAUUUCAUAAACUUAAGCUGACAAACAACAUAAGUGAUAAACAUGGAUUUGUGAGUAUUCAAAUCAUUCUUUUAUUUCCGCUUAUUUUAUUUAUAUGUCACAUCCUUCAUGAUGGGGGAUCGCAGGCUGGAUACUGUACGAUAUUAAACUCAAUGCACAAAUAUCAACCUAGAUUUCAUCUAGUCCGAACCACCGACAUCCUCAAAUUGCCGUAUUCAACAUUUCGAACGUAUGUUUUCAAGGAAACUGAAUUUAUAGCUGUGACUGCAUAUCAAAAUGAAAAAAUAACACAAUUAAAAAUAGAUAAUAAUCCUUUCGCAAAGGGAUUCCGUGAUACUGGUGCUGGUAAAAGAGAAAAGAAUCGAAACUCAUUGAUGUCAUCGCAACGUUCAUCGGAUGGUGACAAGUUGACACCCAGUCAAACAUACAGCUCAUCACGAGGCCCGUUGGGACUUGAUACACGUCAACAUCACCAUAAUCAUCUUUUGAAUCAACACCAUAAUAAUCACCAUAUAGAUGAUGAUGAUAAGCUGCUUGAUGUUGUCGGGCCGCCUCAUUCGCCGCUUUUAAAUUCGCUCCAACAAAUGCAAUCGCAAGCACAUGGCUGGUUUAACUUUGCGAAUGAAGCGCAUAUGGAAGAUGUAAGACGAAGACUUCAAGCUGCUGACGACAAUGAACGUGAUGGAAGUGAUUCGAAUUGUUCUGACAGCGUUGGAGGAGGUGGCGGUGGUGGUGGUGCAUUCAGACCAACAACAAGUCCGAAAGAAAAUUCUAAGGCUACAAGUGGUUCGUCAUAUCCAUCGCCAAAUAUUUCCGUCGGUCCUCCAAUCCAACCUCCACCACAUCUCUUGCCUUAUUUGUAUCCACAUGGAAUAUACAAUCAUGUCGCUCCACCAUUGUCGCUUCUUCACAGCCCAGCUAUGAAUCCAGGAAUUUUUCUCAAUGCUCAACUUGCUUUAGCUGCACAACAUCCGGCUUUGUUUGGACAUUAUUCUGGGCAUUCGCCUUCGUCACCGUUGCACAAUCUAAAAGCUCAUAGAUUCUCACCAUAUAGCUUGCCUGGAUUCCAUCAAGGAUCCGCUUUUGACGCAGUAACACCAGGUCAAUCAAAUACCAAUAAUGACAGAUUACAAGAGCGCAGUCUCAGUAGUAGUCCAUCACACAAUCUCAAUGCUAAUUCCGAUUCACCAUCAAGUAAUCGACCGCAAUCAGCUUCGCCUACACCAACAAAUCAACGUCCCCUGUCACAACAAUCUUCAUCAGCAUUUACGCCGCAGGUUCCUAUAACAAAUAAUAAUAAUACAAAUAAUAAUAAUAAUAAUGACCGGAGCAAGAAUGGAAAUGGCAACAGUACAACAGUUCACAAGACCUCAACGCCAUCAGAAUUGAAGAAUAUGGAGAAGAUGGUGAAUGGUUUGGAUAUGCAUCAGAAUGGAAAUACUGUACCAACUUCAUUAGCAUCGUCUGGAUCAGUUCGUUCAAUAUCGCCUGAUGAUCAAAAGAAAACUAUCAACCUCACCGAUCAGUGACACACGCAAUUCACACAAAUGUUCGACGAUGGCGACUCAUCAAACCUAAUUGAACUCGACUUAAUCUGACGAAUGGAUUUGAAGAAUCGAUAAAACUAAAACUACAAUUAAAUAUUGACCGAGUGCAAAUAAUUUCAACCUUCAGCUUCAAUUUGUGAAUGUUUAUCAAGAUCACAAGAGAAAGCAUGAAGGGAACAUUGUGAAAAAUCCGUAAGAGAAAAAAUGUGCAAAUAUUGAGAAAAGAUACCUAUAUAAAAAUUAUCUUUAAUCCAUUAAACUUAAAGAAAGAAAGAUUAUGUAACUAUCAACACUUGUAGAUUAAGAUUAUUUUUUCCUUUUAUUUUUUUUGGAAUCACAAAUCACACUC